UUACCAGAGUACUGCGGCUGUCUGAAUGGGGGCUGGUGUCAGGAGGGGGGGGUGUGUGACUGUGCACAGUUCCAGGCCCUCGGAGACCGCUGCCAGAUCAUUCCUAACCAGGGCCAGGACAGAGAUGGGAUCUGCAGGUCUUGGGGUCAGCACCACUAUGAGACGUUCGAUGGCAGCUACUUCUACUACCCUGGAACCUGCUCCUACAUACUGGCCCAGGACUGCCGCUCAGCCACACCACAAUACACUGUGUGGGUCCAUAACAGCCGUGUGUGUGAGGGCAGUGUGUACUCCUGUCCCAGGGCUCUCAGUCUCUUCUUCCCCAACGAGGAGGAGAUCCACAUCUCUGGAUACCAAGUCCACCAGGGGGGUCGCAGGCUGAGCCUACCCCAGACAAUAGGAGGUGUGUUUAUAGAGCGUCUGGCUGACUACCUGCUGGUGAAGAGCGUGUUUGGCUUCUCUCUGGCGUGGGACGGGGGGAGCGGAGUAUAUCUGAAGAUGUCUGAACAGCACCACGGCACCCCCUGUGGCCUCUGCGGGAACUAUAACAACCUGCCCAACGAUGACCUCACCACAGCCCGCGGCGUGCAGACAGAGGAGCCAGCAAUGUUUGCUAACAGCUGGUCAGUCGAUCUGCCCCAUGAGAGAGGCUGCCCUCUAGUGGACAUAGACUUCACUGGACCCUGCCACUCUGAGAUGAGAUCCUUCAGAGCCCUUUAUUUUAAGUGCAGUGCUCUCCUGUUCUUCCCCUUCCUGUCCUGUCAUGAUAACAUUGAUCCAAACCCCUACGUGGCCAGCUGUGUCGCCGACCUCUGUGUGUCUGAUGAUGAGGAGACGUUUUGUCGUGCGUUGGUGGAGUACACACGAGCCUGCAGCCAUGUAGGAUACCCUGUACGAGAGUGGCGAGACAGCUUCCCUUCCUGCAAUGAUGGUUGUGAGGAGAGUUUUGUCCAUAGAGACUGUAUUAGCUGCUGCCCUCCCACCUGUACCUUUGACAAGGAAUGUCUGGGAACCAACUUGCACUGUCUGGACGGAUGCUACUGCCCUGACGGGUUGAUUCUACAGAAUGGGACGUGUAUAGCAGUGUCUCAGUGUCCUUGUGUCUAUCACGGCACCUCAUACACACAGGGACACACUCUGGAGCAGGGCUGCAGCGUCUGUGUGUGUAUGGGAGGAGUGUGGAACUGCACAGAGAACAACUGUUCAGCGGAGUGUUCAGUAGUCGGUGAUGUGUUUGUGACGUCGUUCGAUGGGAGGAUGUUCCUGCAGCCGGGGGCGUGUCAGUACGUCUUGGUUAAGAGCCGUAUUGGCAACAGAUUCACUGUUACCGUUCAGUACACCGCCUGCACAGAGGCCCAGCAGCAGGCGUGUAUCCAGUCGGUGACAGUGGUACUGGAUGAAAAUGUUAGUCACCAGGUGACUCUGACCCGAGAGGGGGAGGUGCUUAUAGGGGUCAACCCCGCUCCCACCUUACCCUACACCGAUGAUGUAGUGGAGGUGCAGAGGCUAACAUCGGUGUUCGUCCAGCUGAGGACCUUGCUUGGACUGCGUCUGCAGUAUGACGGGCGUGGUGGGCGCGUCUACCUACAACUGGACAGCCAAUGGCGAGGGAACACGCUGGGCCUUUGUGGAACCUUCAACGGAAAUCUUCGGGACGACUUCCUUUCUCCAGCAGGGAUGAUAGAGGGGACUCCCCAGCUCCAUGCUAACUCCUGGAGGGUCUCAUCUGCUUGCUCCGCCCCCAUCAACCAGCCAAUCAUCGACCCCUGUGAGAUGAACCAGCACAACGUGUUCUAUGCCUCUCUAUGUGAGGUUUUGUUGGGGAGUGUGUUUUCUCCCUGCCAUGGUUACGUCAGUCCCAGUGUGUACCAGCAACAGUGUCGCUACCAGGCAUGUCGCUGUGGAAACACCUGUCUGUGUACGGCCUUGGCCCACUACACUUACCUCUGCUCCAAACACCAUGUUGCUGUCAACUACAGGGCCCACGUCUCAGAGUGUGGGGUGGUGUGUAUGGGUGGGAUGCUGUUCCAGUCCUGUGUGUCGUCCUGUGGCCGCUCGUGCCGCUCCCUCUCCAGCGGAGAGACCUGUAACCAUGACGACUGUGCUGAGGGGUGUGGCUGCACAGAGGGCAGUUACUACGAUGACGUAAGACAACGCUGCGUUCAGCCGUCUCAGUGUCAUUGUUACUCUAUUGGCGGGGUGUCCCAGCCAGGAGAGGUGUCCUUCAGCGCCGCCGGCCCUUGCCUUUGCAGGAAUGGAAGGAUGGAGUGUGUACCAGAAGAAAGAGAGCCGGAGCGAGGCCAGUGUCCGGAGGGAAAGGUGUUCCACGGCUGUUCUGAGCCCCAGGGGGUCCAGGGGGUGGUGGCUUGGCGAGGAGGUGUGGCCUGUGAGCUCACCUGUCGGAACCUGAUGUUGAACCUCACCUGUCCUCCCACCACGCCCUGCAUAUCUGGCUGUGUCUGCCCACCUGGCUAGUUUCUGCACCGUGGGGAGUGUUACUACCCAGAGAACUGUCCCUGUGCCUGGCUGGGCCUGGAGUAUCUGCCAGGAGAGACUGUCGACACCCCCUGUUACAGAUGUGUGUGUCACCGGGGGUAUUUUAACUGUAAUUACUCUCCGUGUCCGGCAGUAUGUACGGUCUACAGCGACAGACACUACCACACCUUCGACGGCCUGGAGUAUGACUACCACUCGGACUGUCAGGUCUACUUACUCAAGAGUAUAGAUGGUGAGGUGUCCAUCGUGGCCCAGAAUAAGGAUUGUUAUCAGAGUGGGAUCGUCUGUAUGAAGAUGCUGGUCAUCCAUGUUGGAUUCACCAAGAUUUACUUCAACGACAACUCAGGCCAGCCUCGACCCCCACUGCCCACACGCUGCCACUUCCUGCCCCCUGUGGAGGGCUGUUUCCCUCCCGCCCCAAAACCAUGUUCUUUUGAUGAGGUCCACCAGGAGAUGUGUCUACACAGGGAGGACUGUGUGUCCCUACCUCCCAACUCCUACACCCUUUACGCCUUUCGGCAGCACCAUGCGGGUCACGACCCCGACCUUGGACCCCUGCAGUGGUCACUAAGAGUGCGUCUUGAGCACCUUUUCUCCCUGCUGGGCCCAGGGGUGACUGGGUCGAACCCAGCUGAUGACCUGCAAGCGCCUAACGGUGACGGGGAGGGAGGUGGCGGACCUGGGUCUGUUCCUGCAGGCCUGGAGGGGUUUCCACACCUCAGAGGACACGGAUACAUCAACGACGCCGGGGGACAAUCUUGUGAGAGUGACUAUGUGGUGAAGAGAGCGUGUGAAGGAGACCUGGGUAGACAGCCGUACGCCAAGAGAGAGUGUGCACUACUCUACAGUGACAUCUUUAUCCCCUGUCACAACGUGGUGGAUGUAUCAUGGUUCUAUAGGAACUGCUUGACAGACACMUGUAACUGUAACCGAGGCGGAGACUGUGAGUGUCUGUGUACGUCCAUUGCUGCCUAUGCACACACCUGCUGUCAACACGGUGUCACUGUGGUCUGGAGAAACCCCUCUGUCUGCCCCUAUGAUUGUGAAUACUACAACCAAGAGUUAGGUGAAGGACCGUUUUCGGUGGUCAGUGCUGUAUAUAACGCUACAGUCUUCGGUGUGAACAGAACCAGUGGGUCAGUGUUUCCUCUAGUUAGGGAGUUCGRAGGRGGGCUGCCUCCCCCUGGYCUACUCUURAACUUCAUGAUCACAGCAGGACUACAGAAGGACCGCACAUCACGUCUCCCGGUGGUCUCUCUGGAGUCAGCAGAGCGUCCUAACUACUUCCUCGUUGUGUCUGAGCGUACUGGGCUGCGGUUGGAGCAGUGGACCAGAGGGGAGGAGUUUGGCCACAGGGCUUCCUUCCUGCAGCACCAGGGGGUGUUCCUGCCUGGCCACACCUCUUUCGAGCUGAUUGGCCAGCCAGGAGUGUUCCUGACUCUGACACGCACGUCUGCACGAGCUCAGAAAUAUGACAACUCUGACAACUUCAAGACCAGCAGCUCCUUUACUCUGGAGGAGAGCAGUUUUGUGAUCCCGUACCGUAUGAUGUGUGAGUGGCGCUACCAUGCAUGUGCCAGUCCGUGUGUCCGUACAUGCAGCGACCCCACUGCCACACGCUGCCACUUCCUGCCCCCGGUGGAGGGCUGUUUCCCUCGCUGCCCCAAAAACAUGGUUCUUGAUGAGGUCACCAGGAGAUGUGUCUACACAGAGGACUGUGUGUCCCUACCUCCCACUCCUACACCCUACGCCUUCGUAAACCGAACGACCACCACCCCAACUACUACUGCUGUUAGGCCUACUAGUACUACUACUACAUCUAGGACCACUACUAGUAGUACCAGAACUACAACCAGUGCUGCCUCUACAACUGUUACUGCCACCAGAGCCCCCACUACACCCAGUACAGCCCACCUGACGGAGAGUUUCACUCCCACCCUUACCCCUCCUCGCUCCCCCUCUCCUCCUCCCCCUUCUCUGCCCGCACCCUCCACCCCCACUGUGACUGAGGACACCCCUUUACCUGCAGUCUCUCCCUCCAUCUCCCCCUCUCCCUCCGCCACCAUUACUAGCAGCACCACUGGGGUCACGACCCCGACCUUGACCCCUGCAGUGGUCACUAGAGUAACUAUGGAAACGCCAUCCCCUACUUCCCCCAGCCUGGUAGUGACCGAAUCUACCACUCCUCCUCUUCUCUCUCCUGCUUCUCCCUCUCGCUCUCCCCCUCCUCCCCCUCCUACUACCCCUCCCCAGCCUUCCAGCUCCCCCUCAGCUCCCCCUAUCUCCUCCCCCACUUCCUUUUCCCUUCCUCCCCCUCUCUCCUCCACCCCCACUCUGACCACCACAGAAACACACCGUCCUGUUGCUACGCCCACGGAGACUACCUCUGUAUUCCCAGUCAUUUAUGACACCUCCGUUACCAUGUCGACAUCACCCCCCGAGACGACGGAGUCCAUAACAACGGAAACAGCCACUAGCCCAGACUCCUCUCAUACACCUGAGGCAGUCAGCAUGCCGACAGUGCUGUCCCCCUUCCUCCUGCCCACCACCCCCUGCACACCCCCGUAUUCCUACCGUGUUGAUGAGUGUGCAGAACUGAUCUGUUUUAACGGGGAGCUGCUCCUCCAUAACUCCUCCCUCCACUGUCGGUACAACACUACUCCUCCUCGCUGCUCUCUGCUGGGCAUGGCUGUCCUCACCAACACCGACCCCUGCUGCCCGCUCUGGCAGUGCCCCUGUCGCUGCUCUGUGAUGUCAGACCUGCGUGUGAUAACGUUUGACGGUAACAACGUGGCGCUGUAUGAUAACGGCUCCUACAUCCUGGUCUACCUMCCCACAGAGAACAUCAUAGGAACAGUGAAUAAAUGCCCUACCAGCCAGAGCGUCAACUCCAUCAGACGACCUAGCCCUAGUGGUGGAACGUCAGGUCUGUGUUUCAAGAACUUGAACAUCACCACUCCCUCCUACAGGAUCAUCAUCAACCGUCUUGACCGCAAGGUGUCAGUGAACCACAUCAAGGCGCGGCUGCCUUUCUCCCGCCAGGCUCUGUCAGUAGAGGACACAGGCAGUAUGUACCUGAUCACCACUCCUGGAGGAGUCAACAUACAAUGGUACCACAGCACUGGCAUCAUGGUGCUGCAAUACACCGCRCCCUCCAAUACAUCUGCUCCUACUAGAGGCCUCUGUGGGUGUUGUGACGGGAACCCAGCUGAUGACCUGAAGCUGCCUAACGGUACGGUGGUGAGGGAGGUGGCGGACCUGGGUCUGUUCCUGCAGGCCUGGAGGGUCCACACCUCAGAGGACACGGAACACACACGACGCAUCGGGGACAACUGUACCACUGGAGACUGCUCCACCUGUCUCUCCAUGCUUAGACAGAGACCUUUCACUCCCUGCCACAGCAAGGUGUCUCCAGAGCAGUUCUGUGAUGUGAUGUGGGCAGGGGACCUCCACUAUAAGGCCCACCAGUGUGACUUCCUGGCAGCCUACGUAGCUGUCUGCUACACUUACCAAGUCUGCAUCAACUGGAGACGACACAACUUCUGCCCAUUGAGGUGUCCCCCAGGUAGGGAGUACCAGGCGUGUGUGUCGACCUGUACCACCCGGACCUGUCAGAACAGAGAGUUCUAUGAGGAGACCACCUGCUCCCACAUCAGAGAGGAGUGUGUGUGUCGCUCUGGAACCAUCCUGCACCGAGCAGACUCCACUUACUGCGUCACAGAGGAGCAGUGUGUGUGUACGGAUAACGAGGGGUCUCCGCGGGCCCCUGGGGAGGUGUGGAACGGGUCAUUGCGUGGCUGCUGUCUGUUCCGCUGCCUGGAGAACGGUUCUGUGGUGGCAGUAGAACCUGACUGCAGCUUUAGUCCCACUCCGCUGUGUGAGAGGGAGGGAGAGUACGUACUGGAUGUCCUGGAAGAGGGGGCCUGCUGUCCCAAGAAGAUCUGUGAGUGUAAUCUGACCAUCUGUGAGAGUGAGGCUCCGCCCUGUGAAAAUGGGAACCGACUGGUGAUUGGUUACAGUGCCUUGUCCUGCUGCCCAGAGUACCGUUGUGAGUGCGACCCCCAUGCCUGUCCCCCCGUCACCGCCCCUGACUGCAGAGAAGAUCAGUUCCUCGUGGAGGUCCGUGAGGACAACUCCUGCUGUUACUCCUUCCUGUGUGUGUGUGAGUCAUGUAUCGAGCCCGUGCCGGCCUGUUCCGAUGGCGAGAUAUUAGCUGUGAAUCUAAACACCACCAACAGCUGCUGCCCUCAAUACCACUGUGUGUGUGARGUGAACCUGUGUCCUGAGUCGUCUCUGACCUGCUCUCCUGGCCUGUCUUUGGUCCAAACCACCCACCCUGGACACUGCUGCCCCGACCACCGCUGUGAAUGCCAGUGUGAGGACAGCUCUCUCCCAGUCUGUCAGGUGGGGGAGGUACAGGUGGAGGUUCCAGACAGCAGAAGCAUCUGUGGCUGCCCCCGCUACACCUGCAAGAAGGCAGAGGUGUGUGUGUUCCAGGGAGUCACGGUGCUGGGGCCAGGGCAGAGCCUGAUUCAGUACUAUGAAGGAGAGCUGUGUUACACCGUUCACUGUCUGACACACCGUGACACACACACCGGAUACUACGCCAUGGACGUGUCCGCUGUCAACUGCUCUCGGAAGUGUGGCCCGCACCAGCUUUACGUAGCAUCAUCAGAUCCUCAGGUGUGCUGUGGCUCCUGUAAGAACGUCUCCUGUUCCUUCAACAUCCACAACAGAACCAUUGAGGUCUUCACUGCGGGGAGCUCCUGGGUGGAUAACUGUACACGGUACGACUGUGUGGAGACGGCAGGGGGAACCGUGGUGCUGGCCUCAGGGGUGGUCUGCCCCCCCUUCAACGACACAGAGUGCACUCAGAAUGGGGGCGUGGUCCAGAGCUAUGUGGACGGCUGUUGCAGAACGUGUAAGGAGGACGGUAAGACGUGUAAGCGUGUAGCAAUCCGAACCACCAUCAGAAAAGACGACUGCAGGAGCAACGCACCGUUGACAGUGUAUUCGUGUGAUGGGAAGUGUCCGUCUGCCACCAUCUUUAACUUCAACAUCAACAGCCACGCCCGCUUCUGUAAGUGCUGCAGAGAGAGUGGACUACAAACCCGCUCCGUCACCCUCUACUGCUCACGCAAUGCUACUCUGGUGGACUACAGCUUCCAGGAACCUUUAGACUGCUCCUGCCUAUGGAACUAAAMAGAUCUACUGUAAUCCAGGGCUAGGCAACUAGAUUCAGUCGCAGGAUAAUUUUUAUCGGAGAGGAUGGUCGGGGGCAUGGAAAAUAAUUAUAAUAAUUUGUACACUGUACACAGGUACCUACACACUGAAGAAGGCUGUAAAGACGAAACAUCUGUGUACGCUAUCCCUGGUGCAGUAAAAACAUGUAACACAUUGAAUAAUGAAGUAAGCUUUAUGCAACAUAUUUUUGAGUGUGAACCCAUUACACCUCUUUGUUUGUCUGAAUUCAUAGGUUUUAUGCACCAGCCAAGCUUCUGGGAGAGCGUGAUGGUUCUCUUUUGAUUAGUUACACUGCAAAUUGACCAGAACUAAGCCAAAAAAUAAAUGGUUUUUGAAAAUAACAAUAAUUUCAUACAUUGAGACACGUUUUUUUUUUUUUGUGGGAAUACUUGGAAACAUUUCCUAAACUAAACUCAUUUUUACAUGAAUUCCUUGUGAUUUUACAGUCUUUUUUAACGUAAAACGAAAUUCUAUCUACCCUGAUCUAGUCGAUGUGAGCUCCAGUAUGGUAAACAGUAGGUUGGACGGAGGAUGGAACAGAGGUUAGAGGUCAGACAGGUCAAGUGUCCAGGUAGGCGAGUUCUUUAGUCUUCCUUCAGUCUGUUGUUGAAGGGUGUAUGCUGGCCUGUUSUAGUGACCCUGUCAUUACAGAUGUGUAGUGGUCAGAUGUGUAGGGCUGUAACCUGUUCCUGCUGUAUUAUGAUAACACUAGUCCUAUCUGUACUGCUGUAGCCUGCUCCUCCUCAUGUGUAACACUAGCUAGUCCUCUCUCGCUUUAUAAUGUUCAGAUCAGUUGGUCCCAGCUGACAGGACUACGCUGAUUUAGUACGUCAGUGAUCUAGUUCUCUCCUGAUGACUGAAAUGUUUAAUAUGCCGCUAAUAUUUGUCGUAGAACAAAAAACAUUCAUUACAAAUGUAAAGCUUUUAUACAAAAGUAUGAAGCAUUGUGCCAGUAAUCAUACAGUAUGUGCUGUGUUGUUUAUUAUGAAGCAUUGUGCCAGUAAUCAUACAGUAUGUGCUGUGUUGUUUAUUAUGAAGCAUUGUGCCAGUAAUCAUAUAGUAUGUGCUGUUGCCAUCACACAGAUGUUACCAGUCAGAAUAGAACAAUAAAACAC